AUGGCAGAAACGGAGGGAAUAAAGGAGGACGCCCUCGGCGACAAACAUGCAGCUGCUUUGGAUGUCGAGAGUCUGCAGCGCAAGAAGUACAAGACUUCGGAACUGCCGAUUUCUCAGGAACAGCAGACUUCGAUGCAAAAUAUGCUCGUCGCGUUCAAGAAAAAGGGUUCUUUUGAUAGCUACAGAAAGAAGAUAUGGCAAGAUUUCUAUGAUCUGGAAGGCAAGACUGAAUUCACUGCUGCUUUAGAACAACUCGCCGAGAAGGAAAUCGAAAGAGAGCCGGCGCAUUUGUCUCGCGACAGAGGCAAAGCAGCAACCCUAAUCGAGGGUGCUGUGGACCGAAGCGAUAUCUACAAGAACCUGGAAAAUUCGUUUGACAAAUUUGUUGCUGGGCAUCUUGAACCUAUGCUGGCAGCAGUUAGAGAUAUCCGACGGCAAGAAGUCGACGAAGAAACCAUUGCCAAGGAAGAAGCAGGAGGAAACAUGACCGAACAAGACUACGAUCGCUGGAGAAACGAGCGAAGGGCCGAACGAGACAAGAUCCACCAAGCAGAAGUUGAAGAGCAAGAGCGCAUCGACGCCGAGAAAGAAAAACUCAGACUUGAAGAAACCCGCAAACGACGGGAAAUCGAACGCAGAAAAGAAGAAGAACAAAGAGAACGAGAUGAAAAGCGACGUGCCGAACAGCGUGCUCUCGAAGAACAGAGAGAAAAAGAAAGACAAGAGCGAUAUGAUCACAGGAGACGCGACGAUUCCCGGGAUCGGGACAGAGACAGGUACAGGAGCUACGAUCUUCCUCGAGGCUAUGACCGGUACGAGGGGUCUGGCGCAUCAUCGCGGUACCGCGAUCGUGAGAGGACAGUCUCUCGCCCGACCACUCCCAAAGCUACCACCCCUGUCCCUGCGCCUCCACCUGUAGAUGAGAAAACGCUGGAAGAGGCGGCAUUGCAGCUCCUUCUGAAAGAAGGCGAAGAAUUAGCAGCAAAGAAAAAGCAGAAACCAGAGUUUGACUUUGAAGAAGCUGAAGCUAUCGAGAGCGAAGACGAAAAAGCCGCACGCGAUCUCGUCAAAGGCGCCCGUCUCUAUACGAGCGUGACAGCAGACAUAUCUCCCGAGAAGGAUCUAUACGAGUUCGUGACCGUGACGACAAUAAACAUCACAGAGACGAACGUAGUAGCUACAGGAAUGAGCAACGUACCCGCAGCCGUUCUACUACGCGCCAGGAUCGAGCCCGCAGUCGGGAAAGGGAAAGAGAAAGAGAAAGAGAAAAGGAGCGCGAUCAAGAUCGAGAUCGAGACCGUGAUCGUGAUCGUGAUCGUGAUUAUCAUUUUCGUGAACGAGGAUAUGAUCGCUACACUGGUCGUGACCGAGACCGCAGUCGCGACAGGGAACAACUUGACCACCGAGACCAAGAUCGACCUCGAGACAGAGAUCAAGACCGAGACCGAGAUCGUGACCGUGAUCUUCGCUCUCGUACAAGGCCCCAUCGGGAGCGGUCCAGAUCUCGCGCGACCGCUCGAAGACGGUCAGCUUCUAGGCGGCGAUCACGCUCUCCUAGUCAGUUGGACAUUGACCGCUACGUUCCACUUACCAGCAAUCGCAGUAGAUCCCCACGCCGGCGUGUCAGAUCUCCUCCUGGUCGCGAAAGGGAAUGGGAUGGGGAUAGGGAUAGGGAUAGGGAGCGAGAUCGUGACCGAGACCGUGAGCGUGAGCGUGAUCGUGAUCGUGAUUGGAACCGAGAAUCUCGAAAUGAUAGGUAUGACCGGUAUGUUCCUGGCGCUGGAGGUGACCGGGAUAGCGAAAGGAAUAAAUCAAUCGACCGAGAUCGAGACCGGGACCGUGAUCGCGAAAGAGAGAGGGAGCGGGAUAGGGAGAGAGAAAGGGAUAGAAACCGAGACCGCGAUCGGGAUCGGGAUCGAGACAGGCAUGAACGAAGAAGCAGUUAUCGCAGGAGCAGAAGUCGGUGAACAACCAGAGCCUAGACUAUGUCUAGACAACUUGUAUUUGUAUCAAGAUAUCAAUAUCAAACUACCUUCUAGUUACACGUGA